UGGUGUGUUUCCGGGGGGAAGCAUUCAGUGCAGCACCAGCGAGCGCCCGCCGUGUGUUUACAUUUGAACUUUCUGCGCAUCUGCAGAGAUGUCCACCCUGUUCCCGUCUCUGUUCCCGCAUGUGACCGAGUCUCUGUGGUUUAAUCUGGACCGACCGUGUGUGGAUGAAGCAGAGCUGCAGCAGCAGGAGCAACAGCACCAGACCUGGUUACAGAACAUCGCAGAGAAGGACAAUAACCUGAUGCCCAUUGGUCGGCCCAUCUUUGAGACCUUCGAUGAGGAAGAGGAGGAGGAUGAUGAAGACGAGGAGGACAGCGAGGAAGACUCAGAAGACGAUGAAGACAUGCAGGACAUGGACGACAUGAACAUCUACAACGAGUUUCCUGAUGAUGGAGAAAUUAAUGAGGUCGACAUGGAAGGAGCCGAUCAAGACCAGGACCAGUGGAUGAUCUAGACCAGGUCUAGACCAGAUCCAUCAGUCAGGCGCUCUCA